UAAAAUAAAACAAAAAAAGCAGAAUGAUUGUUUUAGAACCUACCUCUUUCUUUACGGUUUUUUGUACAAUAUUGGACUUGGUUGAGCCUAACAGAGGAAGCUCACUUGUCACAGCAGGAAGCAAACAAACAGGAAUCAAAAUAAAGUAGAAAAUCUCUAUCCAAGCUAAUAUGCAAAAUAAACCAUAGCCUAAAUCCAUAUUAGGGCAUUUUCUACAAAUGUUCUUGUCUAAAUAUAUUCUGAUGUUGUUUUAACUUUUUCUUGUUUUGUGAAGUCUCACACUAUGCUCCGUGUUUAUUAUUAUUUUUAUUUAUUUUAAUUUUAUUUCUAACAUGAUGAUUUUUUUUCCCACCACUUAGUUCUAACAAAACAAGAAUCCGGAUAGAUCUGAUCAAGAAAUCAAUAAUACAUGCUUGUUUCUUCUAAUUAACGUUGGGACACAUCUAAUAGUAAAAGAAGCGUAUUUCGGUAUCUUUUUUUUUUUUUCCGGUGUUCGGUGUUUUUUCGCUCUGCUCUGUAAUUUACAUACACGCUGCAUAUUCACAUGAGCGUAAUAGCUGAGUUUGUCCUCCACUACAUCCACGCUGCGCAGCCUCCCUGCUCCAUGCGUCCUGUAGUGGUCCUUCCCCUCUCCCGUAGCCCAGCCCCCUUGAUCUCCUUCGUCCACUGGUAUGUUUGGGGUCUCUCUCUCUCUUUUCCAUAGGUAGUCAAUAAUGAGUGUCCAUUGGCUUUUAUUAGGCUUGCCCCCCUGCCUCCCUCCCUCCCACUGGCCUGCUUCGCCCAGCCCAUGUUUUCUAUGUCUCAGUCCGUCCACCUCCUGACGUUCAAGUUCGCAGGAACGUCACGUCCGCACUUGAACUUGCAGCUCAGAGGGGGGUUUCGCCGUAUACCCCCAUCACUCUCUCUCUCUCUCUUUCUCUCUCCCUCUUUGGAGGAAAAAGUCAUGAAGAGCUCCACACAGCCCGUCGCGCGUUACGCAUCCCGCUCCGUCUGAUCCGCAGCUCUGCUUCUGCUUUUUGUCCCUCUUCUGCCUUCAUCCGGAUGACAGACGCAUCAAUGAAGAUUUUCUCAUUUGGAGUGUACCUCGUAGGGACGGAUUUCCCAAUGUGAACUCAGCUGAGAAGCCCCCGCCGAACCGACCAUGUCUCGCCGCAAGCAAGGCAAACCCCUGCACUUGAGCAAACGGGAGUUUUCGCCUGAGCCACCCUCAGGUGUUUUAGCCGAAGACGACUCUCAGGACUCCCCCAGGCUGGGUGUGGCUGACGACGAGCCCCUGAAAGGGGAUCCGGACCUGCUCACCUGCGGCCAGUGCCACACCCGCUUCCCCCUGGCCGACAUCCUGCUGUUCAUCGAGCACAAACGGAGGCAGUGCCACGGCAGCCUCUGCUUGGACAAACCUCUGGACAGGCCGCCAUCCUCGCCGCUUGCCUCGCCUCUCUCCACAUCCUCGUCUCACUCUCGAAGCCAGCAGCAGCAGCACCACCCACGGAGAGCACGUCACCCGGUGGAGGUGGCCAUACAGGUGUCGUCCCUGGACGAGGAUUGUUUAUCUGCGCCCUUGCAAGGAAUAAUCCCCAAGCAGGAGAAUGUCACAGAUAAAGAUGAGCCCAGCAGUUACACCUGCACCACAUGCAAGCAGCCCUUCACCAGUGCCUGGUUCCUGCUCCAGCACGCCCAGAACACUCACGGCUUCCGCAUCUAUCUGGAGAGCGAACCUGGCAGCCCUCUCACCCCACGUGUAGCUGCCGCUCCUGGGAUGGGGGGUGACUGCGCCUCCUCUCAGCCGCCCCUCCACGCCGUGCACUUGGCUGACGGCAGCCCUUACAGCCUCUUAAGGAUGCCGGGAUCAGGGUCUGGCCGGGAUUCAGCAUCCACACCGCGCGAGGGCCGUUACCCCCGCACCCCUCCGCUCUUCAGCCCACCGCCACGCCACCAUCUCAGCCCGGAUGAUCUCGCCCUGGCAACCCACCAUCCUAGCGCCUUCGACAGAGUGAUGAGACUGAACUCAGUGCCAUUAGAACCCCCUCAGAGCAUGGACUUCUCUAGACGUCUGAGGGARCUUGCUGGGAAUGCCACGGGGGGUUCUCCGCCUCUCUCCCCUAACAGACCUAACCCUAUGCAACGGCUGCUCCAGCCAUUCCAGCCAGGUUCCAAACCUCCAUUUACAGCUACGCCUCCCCUAUCCACCUCUCAGUCCCCAUCUGGUUCACGCUCCACCCCCAAUCCUGUAUCAAAUGCAGUUCAGCCAGGCACUCCUCUCAAGGCAAAGUCUUGUGAGUUCUGCGGUAAGACCUUCAAGUUCCAGAGUAACCUUAUCGUUCACCGGCGAAGUCACACGGGGGAAAAGCCAUUCAAGUGUCACCUCUGCAACCAUGCCUGCACACAGGCCAGCAAGCUAAAGCGUCACAUGAAGACGCACUGUCAGAACAAGUCGUCGGCACUCAAUGCCAAGUCAGACGACGGCCUCUCGACUGCCAGUUCGCCUGAACCUGGUACAAGCGACAUACUAGGCAGUGCCACGGAUGCACUCAAGUCAGUGGUGGCCAAGUUCAAGACUGAGAACAACGGAAUUAUGCCUGAAAAUGAAGAGGAGGAGGAGGAGGAAGACGAAGAGGAGGAGGAGGAAGACGAGGAAGAAGAGGAGGAGGAGGAAGAGGAGGAAGGCGAUGAGGAGGAAAUCGACAGCAAGGCWAGAGUUGAAGAGGGGGGAAGGAACAACUAUCGCUUCAGCCUGCGGCUGGAAGGGGCCCGCCACCACCAGAACAGCGACGCUCUACACCCGCAUCACCGGAGCUUGUCUAGAGAGCACGGCGAUGACGACUCGGCUGUUGAGUUAGACCGAGCAGAUGACGCACCGACCACUGCCAUGAACGGGCUGGGACCACUAUCCAACGACAGCCUCUCUAGAAAGCUACUGGGCGGUGGGAUCAGUCCUGGCUCACUGAGCCCUCUAUCCAAACGUAUCAAGGUGGAAAAAGACCUUGACCCCCCUACGCCAACCAUCCCAAACACAGAGAACGUCUAUUCUCAAUGGCUAGCAGGCUACGCCGCCUCCCGACAACUCAAGGACCCCUUCAUCAGUUUUACAGGUGGGGACUCCAGACAAUCACCCUUUACCUCCUCAUCCGAGCACUCGUCAGAAAACGGCAGCUUGCGCUACUCCACCCCACCCGGUGAACUCGACGGGGAACGGGCCCCUUCGGGACGGAGCGGCACGGGCAGCGGCGCCAGCACGCCGCACGGUGGCAGCGGAAACGGGCGGCCGAGCUCCAAAGACGGCCGCCGCAGCGACACCUGCGAAUUUUGCGGCAAGGUGUUCAAGAACUGCAGCAACCUGACGGUGCACCGACGCAGCCACACUGGAGAGCGGCCGUACAAGUGCGAGCUGUGCAGCUACGCAUGUGCCCAGAGCUCAAAACUCACCCGCCACAUGAAGACCCACGGACAGAUGGGCAAGGACGUGUACAAAUGUGAAAUUUGCCACAUGCCUUUCAGUGUGUACAGCACUCUAGAAAAACACAUGAAGAAGUGGCACAGUGACCGCCCUCUGGCUAAUGACAUUAAAACUGAAUAGGCAAAGAGCAGUUCUCUCUCAGAUCCCCUCCACCCCCCAGCUAAAAAGCAACCCAGGCUUUGUAGCCAAUGAGCAAUGGGGAAAAGACAACAGGGUUAGACACCAGAAUGCCGUGCAGCCCUGCUCUCCAUCCCCUUCUGGAGAAAACUUGAUGCAUGAUCCAGUGCUGGGCAAUACUAUUGCAUCAGAACUUUUUGAGCCUUUUUAUUGUGCAAUAAUUUACACAUUUUGUAUUUUUUGUAACUGGACAGCAUGCUUGGUGUGUUUUGGCUACUUAAAGAGAAAAUUGUCCUUAGCUGGAGGAUUUUUGGUUGUACAUGUGUUGCUGUUGAUACUUUUGAUUUUUCUCAGCAUAACAAAAA